AUGAGUGCUGCUGCUGGAACACCCAAAGGUUCCUACGUGGGUUUGGAGAAGAAAGAGGUUCUGAUCACAGGCGCAAGUUCUGGGAUUGGAGCUGGUGCAGCUGAAGUGUUUGCUUGUCAUGGAUCUUCUUUGAUCCUCUGUGGCAGAAAUGCAGAGAACUUGCAACACACUGCAGACAAGUGCAUUGAGCUUGGUCUGUCACCUGACAAGAUUGUCCAAGUGGUGGGUGAUGUGGCCAAGAAAGAAGACCUAGAAGCUUAUGCGAACAAGGGAAUUGAGAAGUUUGAAUGCUUAGAUGCUGUGGUAACAAAAUUGGCUGCGACUACUCAUCCUAUGGGAAGAUGUGGAAAUGUGCAUGAAGCUGCAAAAGCCAUUGCAUUCUUGGCUUCCGAAGACGCAUCCUUCAUCACUGGUGAAACCCUGAGAGUAGAUGGUGGAGCAGCUGUGUACCAAAUGCGGUUACCUGCUGAGAUCAUUGAAAUUCUUCGAACCAACCAAAAAGAUGAGUGGUAUAUUUCGAAGUUGACAGAUGGUACGACGGAUGUUCUCUCAUCUCUCCUAAACGUUCGUAGCGUUUUAAAAUGGAAGGAAGUGUACGAAUCCUUUGUCAAAUCUAUGUAUUACGUGGUUACCACUGUGAACGGGCUUCAAACAAUCGGUGAAGAGUACACUGGUUCACUUCAGGUGGAUUCAUCGUUGAGGCAGUUACCGUCUGUCCUUCAGCGAUUAUCUUCCGUUAUUUUGUCCUCUUUCGGUCCUGUGAUCUUGAAGAAGGUUUUGAAUUCCUGUGAGAACCGUAUGGAGACAGCGCCUGGAAUGUCUCCGUCGCAGAAAGAAAAUAUGAAGAUUAAGCUGUCAGUUGCGAAGUUCGUCUUGGCUCUUGUGGAGCAGUUCGUCAUUUCUAUGUUUUAUUUCGGGUCUGGUUUCCUUGAUGUCCCCAAAUUUCUAACGAAAAUCCAUUACGUUUCGAUAAGGAAAAACAGUUUUUCCCCGAUUUCGCGAGCAGUCUUCCGCUUGUUAGGGAUCGUUACAUUCUUGAAUGCUGUGAUCGAUUCUUACGUGUUUCUACGAACUUUGAGGAAAUCUCGUGAGCUAGCUGCCAAGCGUCAGAGAGCGAAGGCUGCUGAGAAUUCAGGAACUUCACCCAAGUGUCCCCUUUGUUUGAAUGGUCUCUCCAAUUCCACCGCGAUCGGUUGUGGGCACGUGUUCUGUUGGGAUUGCAUCUUCCGCCACUCUCAAACAAAUGCCUUCUGUCCUGUUUGUCGGAGUGAAUUCAGAAAGAGUAGGAUUGUACCUUUGUUGAACUACGUUCCCGAUGAGAAGAACGUGAGUGCUAAUGUGACCGGUGAUGAGGACGUUCUCGGAAUGAUGAAACUGGAGACUGACGGGUCGACUCUCGACAGUGUACUGAACGAAAUCGCGUCUCCUGUGAAUGACAACAAUGGACCAUCGACGAGUAGUGCUUUUGGGAAUGGUGUCGGCAGUCCGGGAUCCAUCGGACUUGGAAGUCCGCCGUCAAUGCCAACGUCUUCUGCAGGAAUGCCGCCGUUUGUGGUAGGAGAUGCAGGCAUUGCAAGUGCUGCGAAUUCUACUCCCCACGUCGUUUCUGUUUCCACUGGGCCUCCGAUAGAUUCCUUCCCGUUCCCCAACGACGCAAUGGUGCCGUUUCAAGACGCUGUGGACCAGGCGGGGUUCGGAGACGGCAGUCAGGGCGGAGAACCGACCGUCGCCGGACGGAUCAAAGUGGCGUCGAAUCUCAUGCCUUCGGCGUCGUACUCGUCCCCCGACCCUUUGUUGCAUCCCCGACACCCGGCGGAAAUGUCGGUGACGAGACCGAUGCCGUACCCUGUGCAAGGACCCGCUGGGGUCAUGAUGGGUGGCCCUAAUCGGGGAGCGAUGAUGGGCAGAAGGAUGAUGCGAACGAGGCUCGCACCUGGCAGAGGAAUCCCUGGACGGGGUAUUGGUCUGCGAAUGCGUGGACCGCGAAUACUUGGUGGCAGGGGUAUGAUCCGUCGUCGAGCAAUAAUCCCGACGAGUGCAGAAGAUGAUGACGAAGUGCAGAUCAUCGGCGACGCUGUUCCUCCUUCAGGACACCUUCCCAUUCCCUCGUCCCCGCAACAACAGCAGCAACAACAGCCGCCGUCGGCGUCGCAAGACAUGCUGAACCCGAGUUUUGCCCCGUCACAGCCGCUUUCGAUACUCUCGCGGCGGCCAGCAGGCUUUCGCGGGAUGCGGACGAGAAUGCGUGUGGGCGGCAUGGGAAUGCCGUCUCGUGGCGGCGGAGGGGGUGCGCCGUCGUUGUCGCUGUCGAGCACGUUGGAGUCGCGGGGUAUCUCUGUGACGAGCAACCGACGGUCGGAGCCUGUGACGAUACGCGGGGUGAAGAGGCAAUUUGAAGACGGUCCUGUGACGUGUCAGUUGUGUGAAGAGGUGUUCGGAAGCAAGCAGGAGCUUCAAGACCAUCUCGUCAAUCUCCAUGCGGGUGCGCAAGAACCUUUCCAAGUGGUGGCCUUCAAUCUGCACAAUAUCAACCACGUGAAUCACCUUAACCGGAUCGGAGCGUCCAUGGUGAUAGUGGAUAAGAAUGGGAGAAGAGCAUUGCCUGUUUUUGCCUUGUCCACUGCCCGGGCCGGGGUCAACUUCGACAACAUCGCUGGUUUACAAACAUUGUCCUUGUCUUGAAGCGCGUCAUUUGUUUGCAUCACCCAAGUUUUAUUGUCUUGUCCGUUUUUUUUUCUGUUUUUAGUUUUUUGCACUUUUCUACCGGAUUUUUGAUCGGCGUGGAUUUGUGUCUCUCCCAAUUGGGAUGCCCCCGGAAGUUUUUGUCGGAUGAACCGUGCGAGGUAUGAAAUACCCAGAAACUCAAAUCGUGGAUCAUCUGUGAUAAGUUAGGUUCCGCUUUGGGUUUUAUUUAAUUUCAUUUUCCCCCGUUCAUGAAUAACGUAAAGUCGCAGCUGGAGUAACGAGGUAUUUGUUUCCGAGUUAUGAAGGGCAUUUUUCCGUCAUUGAAACCUCAUUUCUUCGGAGAAAGUACAUGCUCUUGAAAUGUCGUGUAUUUGAGAGUACGAACUUCCAAGGCGAGAAGUUGAAGCGCUUUUUUUAAGUUUUAAUUAUUUUGAAUUUAAGGCGAUGUGGAGGAAGAACCGUUGAAAGAUGCUUAGGUCGGUUAUGUUUUCUUUUAAAGCCAGUUGUUAAAAAAGAAGGGAGGGAUUGUGGAGGAGGUGAAAUGCUUUCGUGAAUGGCUAGAGAAGUUAUGAAAAUAUUUGUGUCAUGUGUUUGUGCUUGGAGGGAUUCCGUUCCUUCGUUUCCACGAAGAUGAUGCCGAAGGCCAUGCUUUUUACAAAAACAAUUUGGUUUUUUCGACGACGUCGUCGGUGACUUUAUUUUGCGAGAUGGUUCGACUGCUUGUGCGAUUAUGAAAUUACUGUAUGAUCAAGUUCACUGAAUGUUGCGAAUGGGUUUAAGCCGUGUAUUCGUUAAUUUUGAUUUUAUUUCAUCUGUCAGAUCCGACAGUAUUUGUGAGGCAUCCCUAAGAAAAUAAUUUAUUCUUGAAACAUGAUUGACGACCCUUUUUGACAUGGGAACCUUACCCAAAAAAAUAAUCCUUUGUAAUUUUGCGUGAUGAGUCCCGUUGAGCAAAUUUUCCGCUUAUUUCGAGCGUGACUGCGAUUACUUCUUUAGCAUCACUAUAAGUGUAUACAUUUUAUAUGAUUUGAAUAAUUCAGCCUCUCAACAUAUUAAAGCGAGGUUUCAAUUAGCUGAUCAGGCCUGCAUUUCCCUGUUAAUUGAGUAAAACAGUACUUGAAAAUUGGCCAUUUUCGGUGCUCAUUAGGAAAAAAAAAAGAGAUGAUCAUGCAAUAUUUUUCAUGAAACGUAAUUCCCAGUGAAGCGUUGGAGUGACAGUAGAUGAUGAAAGCCUAAGCAGUUCCCAUCCAUUGAA